GCAACCGUUCUCCCUCUACCCCUUGAAAUAGCAGUUGGAGAAUCUGUUGGCGUCUUUGUUCUUGAUUCAGCGGGAAAAUCUUGCGCUAGCGACGAGAUGGGGCAGAUCCAGUACUCCGAGAAGUAUUUCAAUGACACUUACGAGUACAGGCACGUCGUCCUUCCUCCUGAAGUGGCCAAGCUGCUCCCCAAGAAUCGCCUUCUCUCUGAGGUAAUUGAA